AUGGUUGACGGCCCAGAAAACAUGCGUCAGGAGCCUUACCCUGACGAGGAUGAUUUAUAUUCCGUGGACCUCAAGCCGUCUGCAGAGUAUGACAUACAGGCUUCAGUGUCGGAAACGCUGAGGAAACUUCACGAGAAUACGAGCCGCACCUUCGAAGAAUUCCGGACAGCCAGACUGAAGCGAGAGGCCGAAAUCGGGACAUAUCAAGGAAUAGAUCCUCGUUGGAAUGCGCUUCGUCCCGUCGUUCCACUAUGUUUUCGGGCACCUAGCUCCACUCUCUAUUAUUUCCGAUCCGACACCAUCGAUAGCAUGUCACCAUUCGAGAAGGCGUACCGUGAGCUCGAAAGCUUUGCGAUCAACUAUAAUUAUCCAACCGUGGGUGACCUCAUGAUUGAAUCGAGUAUACGGCCGAUUAUCGCACGUCUAAUGGGCCCGUCUCUCGUCGAGUUGGCUUCAGAGCUCAUCCUGAUGUACGAGCCCAUCCCCGAACUCAGGCACUGGAGGUCGACGGAGCGCCAAAACCCGCAAAGGCUACGGCCACUCCUACCAAAACCGCCUGCUAAGAACUUGUAUACCGGUGACAACAGGCGCAAGCCAAUGAGCAACUACAUCGACCGUGUGCUGUCCACUUUACCGGAAGAGAUACCAGAGGGGACCGCGGAUUCCGAAAUGGGAGAUGCCGAAGGCGAGAGAGAUCCAGGAUAUGAGCAAGAUGAUGAAGGGGAAUCAGAUGCGGGAAGCGACGAGACUGUCCGUCCUGCGCCUGCGAAUAUCAAAGGUGGUGGGGACGACACGGAAAUGCCGGAUUUGCGGCCAUGA